AUGUUUGAUCAUAUGGCUACAUUGCAGCAACCUACCUGGAUCGAACUUGCUGUUCCAUCCGACCUCAAUCUGGUAAUCGCGCUCUGCGUACUCUCUUUAAUACCAUGGCCCGGACCAAGUGUGUUCAAAAUCUCAUGCCCAAGAGAUAACGCUCGACUUGUCAGAAAAAUUGUUCAGAAUAAAUGGAUACCUAUAUUAGACAAAUACCAGGUGAAAUUUCCACUGGAAUGUCCAUUUCACCCAAUGAGGGACAUUUUUGGUCCCCAGCAAGCGGCCAAACAACAGCACAGGCCUUCCCAAUGGACGUGCGGAUUUUGCGGAAAAAGCUUUUUCGAAGAACGGCAUUUGGAUUUGCAUUUUGACAACAGACAUAAGAAUGAAAUCAAUGUGGCAGAAGACGCCGUAUGCCUCGCCGAUUAUUGCGCGAUGAUGCGUUGCGAAGUGCUGGUAGCCCGCGACGCGUUAGGCGGCCCGUCGUCCGGUCAACGUGCUACGACGGACAUAGAAAUCUGGCGAGACGCGGGGCCUCGAGGAUCCUCGCGACCUUCGGCUACGGCACUCACCGCAACCGGGCCACGAGCACUUGCUAGGCUACCGCAUGGUGCAAAGGCUAAUGGAAGAAAUGGGCGGUACAAAAACGGGUUGCCGGGUCGAGUGGCUGUUAAAAGAUGUGAUAGAGACGAAGCGCCGGUCGCUGAAGAUGUCGAUAAUGACGACGGAGAGGUAGAAGACAUAGAAGAUAAUGGUGAUUCCAAUACCACGGCCGCUUGCGAUGAACACCUUGUGGACUCGGCGUUACCAGCUGUAGAUGGAUCAACAAAUGACGAAUUUCAACGUCUUAAGGCUGACUGUAAACCUGAUGAUCUGGCAAGGCUCAAGCUGCGAUGUGAGAUUCUUGUCAGAGAUUGUAUUGCUGGUUUGUUGGUGCAUCUAUCUGUUCAAGACUUCACAGAUAUGGAAGAGGAAUUAAAUCACGCUGUUUGUUGGUAUUUGAGUUGUGACCGCUAUUGGGAAGAAGGAAAUCCCGAACCAAGACCUUUUCCAUGGGGUUUGUUAUUUGUCAUGGUAAUGGUAUUGUCACUAGGAAUAUGCCUAUGCUACUACAUUAUCUGGGUGCUAUUUGAUCAUGACGACCGAAGCGUGGCAAGUACGAGUGCAACGGCUACCGCCCAUUCCUCGCCCUCGCACAGCGCCGCGGGACGAGCUCUUCCCGGCGAAGGCGACGGUUACGGGCAACGCGCGUUGGUCGCCCGAGACCCGUCUCUCGGGGCAGACCCAGGCGCUGCGGACAUGGGCCAGAGUGAACACUACAUCUACGUCACGUAUCCUCCCGACUUGAAAAGGCGGCUGCUGGAAAGCUGCUAUAAUAGAACAACCCGGCUGUGAACCACAACGAAGGCAACAAAUCUUCCUUUUAGGAAAGAAAACAGAUAUUGUAACGGGUUCAAUAAAUUGUAGUUAUUACAUAUUAGCUUUU